UGUGGGGAGCACACUCCCAUCUGCGGCGAAAGGGCGGCGGUGGUUUGAAGCCGAGAAAGAAAGAGAUGAGGAGGAAUAUGUCGGUGUGAGGACGUUUUCUUUGUGUCCACGACAGCGGAGCUCGUGUCGCCUGGCGUGUCUCAUCAGCCACCUACUAGCCUACUUCCCACCUUUACCACCACUGUGGAGGUAGCCAUGGCAACCAGCGCUGUGCCAAGUGACAACCUGCCAACGUACAAGCUGGUGGUGGUGGGGGAUGGUGGUGUUGGGAAGAGCGCCCUCACCAUCCAAUUCUUCCAGAAGAUCUUUGUGCCAGACUACGAUCCCACGAUAGAGGACUCGUAUCUGAAACACACAGAGAUAGACGGGCAGUGGGCAAUACUGGAUGUGCUGGACACAGCCGGCCAGGAGGAGUUCAGUGCGAUGAGAGAGCAGUACAUGAGGACAGGAGACGGCUUCCUCAUCGUCUUCUCUGUGACAGACAAGGCCAGCUUUGAACAUGUCGACCGAUUCCAUCAACUCAUACUACGGGUCAAAGACAGGGAGGCCUUUCCCAUGGUGUUGGUGGCAAACAAAGUGGAUCUGGUCCAUCUGAGAAAGGUCACCACUGACCAGGGCCAAGAGAUGGCUGCAAAACAUAGUAUAACUUAUAUCGAAACCAGUGCUAAGGAUCCUCCAAUGAAUGUCGACAAAGCUUUUCAUGAGCUGGUCCGUGUUAUAAGACAACAGGUCCCAGAGCGAAACCAGAAGAAGAAAAAGAAGAUGAAGUGGAGAGCAGAACGUUCCACAGGUUCCCACAGGUUCCAUUGUGCCAUAUUGUGACCUCCCUCGUUCCUCUUUAUCAUUCUUAACAUACACACACCCACACGCACAGCCACAUACCUUUGGAUGUCAGGGAACUCCCCAGCAGUGGUUAGCUACUGGAGCACAA